CGAUGAAAAAAGACAAGAAAGCUACAGCAUAUUUAACCCUUGUUCGCAAUGAGGACCCAAGAAGUGACCCAGUGUUGAUGAUUCCACAGUGCAAGGUCUCUGUGAAGAAAAUGCUCUUUACAUCUGGAACAGUAAGCAUGGAUGCAUAUACUGAGCGGAUGGCUUUCUACCAAGGGGAAGGCAUCAAGGUUGUGGCCGCCAUUCAGAACAAAUCAACUUGUGAUAUUUGGCCCAAGUACCGUUUCUAUAUGAAGCAGAGCUUCUUUGUAAAAAGAAAGAAGAAGGUCUCCACCCAAGAAAUCCAGAGAGAGGUGGGUGAUGCAAUUCCACCCUCUACAAGUCCGACUGUCACCAGGAUCCUCACCAUCCCUCCUGACACGAAUGCAACCAUCUUAAAUUGUGCCAUCAUCAAAGUGGAGUAUAAGGUCGUGAUCUACCUGGAUAUCAAGUAUGCUUUAGACCCCGAGAUCAAGUUCCCCAUAGUCAUCCUACCAGCUUUAAAGGAGGAGGAGCAGCAUCAUCGGCCUGCUUAUCCUAUGUAUGGAUCUGGAACAUCUGCAAACUCAUACGCGGCAGGAAGGACCAACUUCCUGCAAAACUCAACAGCCUCAGGUCCUUCUGCUCCUCCACCAUCCUAUGGAACAUAUGGGCUGUAUCCCUCGACUAAUUUCCGUGGAAAAUACUAGAUGCUGCAAUAUCACACUUGAAAGUCUCAGCGCUCUCUUUUUGAUUUACAGUUUGACACAUACAGUAGCUCCAGAUAAGGAGUUUUUUGCUUAAUUCCUGUUAUUUAGACAAAGUGGAAAGAACAAUGGCAAUGUCUUCUCUAAAAUAUUUGGGAUAAUUAUCAGAAUCUUAAGAGUAGGAAUAAAUGGAUAUAAUCAGCUCCUGUAUCAGUGGGAUGAUCUCACCUCUUUAUGUUUUAUUUAAUGGGGAAUACUGAAAAUACUGUAAAUU